AUGCGGUUCUGGUUCGGAUGGGCACUGUGGGAGAAGCUGAGUUUCGUGAUGACAAACAAGUACGCCGCUGCCGAGGAAUGUGAGAGGACUGAGCAGGCCACCGAAAUGCAGAGGAUUUUGGCCGAGACAAACGAGAUUCCCUUCGGUGCCAGGGCGCUAGAAAAGGGCAUCCAAGUCGAAGGCAUUUGGACCCCCAAGGAGUAUUCGCCAAGGCAGUCCAUCAUUAUGCCGGGAGAAACGCCAAAAUUCCCCAGUCCCGCGCAGAGUCAGCUAUCGCUUGUCCCAACAAGUGGCGUCCAGCGGCCAACACGAUCAUAUCAAUUGGCGCCAAACCAUGACCUGCUCAACCCACGCCUUUCCAUGAAGAUCCCAGACAUCGAGCUCGGGGCCGAGGCAAUGCGUGUGUUCUCUACACACAGCGCACCGCAGCCAACAAUCCGUGCCAACAUUGAAAACGAGACGCCCGUUGACCCAGGAAGAAAGAGACGGUCGAGGGGUUGGUUCAACCCUGGGAAUUCCUGGGUAAGGAAGCCGUUCGAGAGCUACAAGCGCAUAUCAAAACUGGAAGGUAUGUCAUGGCAUCAUCGAACCUCAUCCGAAAGCUUUCGACGUAGGAUUAGCAAGCUGAUCGACGAGAGCAUUCAGACAGGCUCGACUGAGACAUACCAGUUAAAACCCAUCAACCAGGAGACCAUAGAUAGCCCCAGAAAUUAG